AACACUCAACAACAACACUCAACACACAGCUCACAGCUCACAGCCACAACAUGGAACGUCGCCAAACGUUAGACUCAUCGAUGUCUUCACUGUACUCGGCCAGCUCCUCGAAUCGCCAGCAACUGCAGCCCCAGUCACACUCUCAGUCACAAUCCCAGCUAGACGCCUUCAAUUAUUCAGCAACAAUGUCAUCAUCGUCGCCAACGCCAAGCCAGGCGACGUCCUCCUCCCUGCGUGCCACCACCAUUGGCACCGUUGUCGUACGCUGUGGACCCAUCCAGCUGGUGAUAGCGCUCUUGCAAAGUCCUGAAAAGAUUUAUAUCAAGGUUGUGGAGCUGGAGCCAAAGAUCACAGCGCUUGGCGACAACCUGGAUGAAUCGCUGCACAUGCAAAGAGAGCACGAUGAGACGCUGCGUAAUCUACAGAACCUGCCCGGGCCUAUGGAGGAGUUUGUGCAAAAGGCCGAUAAACUGUUGGCCAGCAAACGCAUCAGUUCGGAGCUAGUCAAUGCCAUGGCAGACACACUAAACAUCAUUUGGCAGGAUAUUUUAAAUCUGCUGCAGGAUCGCCAGCACAUUUUGCACCUGUGCACACAGUUUCACGACAAGAUGACACAGUGUUUUAGGCGCAUGGAUCAGCUGGAGCUAGCCUGCGACGAGUCAAUGCUGCCCACGGAGGUGGCUGGCGUUCAAGAGUUCCUCAACAAAUUUAAACAGCUCCGCAUUGAGAUGCUGACCGGCGUCAUGGCAGCGCUUAAGAAUGGCAAUGAGCUAUUGACUCAAUUACAGGAGCUGGAGAAGCUCGAAACGCUGGACACGCGACCGGAGCACAUCAAGCGGGAUGCAACUCGAGCCGUACACCAAGUGCAACAGUGGCUGGAGGCGCUGCACGAUCGUCGCAAUGCACUAGAGCUGGCCUGGCAAACGCGCAAGACCCAGCUGGAGCAGUGUUUGGCCCUGAAGCUGCUUGGCCGUGAGCUAAUCGAACUGGAGUCGGCGCUGCAGCAGGCCAAGCAGGAGCUGAACACCAUGUACAGCCUGGGCGAGUGCGAGCAUUCGGCGAACCAGACAUUGCUCAGGUAUCGGGAGUGGAAACAGCAGGCGCUGCUGCUGCGCGAUCGUGCUUUGAAGAUCACACGUGCCAAGGAUAAAGUCCAGGCACCCGGUCACUUUGCUGGGGAUGAGGAUUGUGCGCGCGCCUAUGCGGUGCUCAGUGGCUGCACAGAGCACCUGGAUCUCGUGGAUCAGCGAGAGCAUUGGUUGCAGCAGUCACGCGAUUUCUUUGCCAAGGCGGAGCACACGCUUAGCGUGCUGGAAAAACUGGAGCUGGAGCUGGCCAGCGUCAAGCUGCCGCCCAAUUCAGCCGAGAGCUACGCAAUGUUUGCUAAGGUGUCCCGAGAUGUGCGCACCUUUACCGAGGAGCCACUGCGCCUAGGCUAUGGCCUAUUGGACGAGGUGGGACGCACACAGCCAGAGACUCAGGGUAUCAAGCGUGUGCUGGACGAAUUGGAGAACCGCAAGGCCUAUGUUGAGGGCAUCUGUGCGAACAGCAGCGAAGACCAUCAACGCGUUCAACGUGCACUGUCUGAAUUUCUGGCGCAGCACAACGAGCUGCUCGCCUGGUUGCGUGCCUCCGGCCAGCUGCAGCUGCAGCAGAGCGUGAACAUGGGUCGCAAUCUGCAUCAGGCCAAGCAGUUCCUGCUACAACAUCAUGAGUUAAUGCAGGAUCUGGAGAUCAAGGGUGAGCUCAUCAAUCUGCUGUUGGAGUCCAUUAAGCAGCAUUUGGAGUCGCUCAGUCCACAGCAGCGCUACGAUGUGGACUCCAAGGCUGAGGCAUUACACAAGCACUGGAUAGAGCUGAAGGAUAUGGUGCUCAAGCGAGUCGACUAUGUCUCCCUGCUCAUUCAGUUCUUUGAGCAGGCCAACGAGCUCUCUAGUCAGCUGGAUCACGUGCAGCGUCAGCUACUCCAAACGCCCGACGAGCACAAGCUGCAGUUCCUACAGGCCACAUGGGCCAACAUCGUCGCCAGCUACGCUGAGCUCAAGUCUUCUGGCCAGCGAUUCAUCAACUUAAAAAUUGUGGAUCCAUAUCUCGAGACGAAAUCCUCAGUACAGGCAGUGGAAGAGACGCUGAACGGCUUCAGUAAGCGGCAGCUCGACGUGACGAGCAGUCUGGAAAAUUGGACAACGAGCAUUGCGGAAAAGCGUGAAGUGGAAUAUCUACUUGAGAAAGUCAUGAGCGAUAACGAGGAGACCGUGGCCAAGAGCACGCAGGUGGAUACACAACUGUAUCCGGUGUUCAGCACAUCCAGCUUGGACUCCAAGCAGCUGCUGACGAGCACACGCGAGAAGCUCACCUAUGUGACGCAGGACAUAGAACGUGCCCAGGAGGAGAUACAGCAGCGCAUCCAAACCACGCUGAGCAUACAGACCAAGGAUCAGCAGUCACUUACCAAGAUCGAGCAAGUGAUCAACAAUUUGCGCAUGCUGAAAGCAAAGUUGGAUGGCAUCAAAUACGACUAUCGCACUCUGCUGGAGAGUGUGCUGCAGUUCCUCGAGAAUAUUGUGCAGCUGCGCCGAGAGGUCGAUGCGUACUUUGCCAAGCAGCAGCCGACGACGACAGCGGGCCCAUCUUCGGGCGUGGAGCGCACCAUAGCCGAGCAUGAGAAAUUCCGCGAUCACUGCAUGGAUAAAUUUAGAUCGUUAAUCACACAAUCCGAACUGCUGAUCGAUCGUGUGCGAGUAUUGGAGCCGCCGGGCGCUCGCGAAAUCGACACUGAUCGCAUAUUGAAGUUGUUGGAGAAUUUGCGCAUUCACUUCGAGUCGAAUAGUAGUGCCACAAUGUCGACUCUGGAGCGUCUGGAGAAGAUCGAGCAAUUCCGCAGCGAUCUGGAGGAUAUCGAUCGCAGUCUGGACAGCGUCAGCAAGCAGUUGCACGAUAUUAAUGGACAGAGUGUCGAUAGUCUGGCAGCUGCCAAGACCACGUCGCUGGCAUUCGAGUAUUUUGAACGUACCAUAGAGUGUUCAAUGCCCAAAUUUGUGAAAUCGACGCAACAUCAGCGACGCUGGGGCCAGACAGCGUAUACGUUGGAGCUGCUCGAGAAACGCAUUGAGAAGUUUACCGAGUCGACGAGCCAACAGCUGCUCAUUAGCAAUCCCGAAAGCGAAUCGUAUGUUAAGGACGAGCUGCGCAAGCUCAACGAUAAAUGGCAAAGCUUCAAGGAUCAAGUGAAGCAGAAACGAAAGAGCCUCAACCAGGCAAACGAGUUCUUCGAGGUUGUCGAAAAGAUCGAUGCGGAGUACCGCGAGAUCAGCUACUUCUACAACAGCGUCUCCAACAAAGUGCCGUAUUUGCGCGAUGCCGUCGAGGCCUCCAAUUUGGUCAAUGACAUUGAGAAGUAUGUGACCAGUCGGGAGUCUGCGCUGCGCUCUAAGUUGGACAGCGCAUCGCAGUGUGCCCACGACAUGAAUAAGGUGUCCACGCUCUACAACGACGUGAUGAACAUUUUCCAAGCGUUUAUCAAGCUGAAGAUGGACAUAAAUACAGUGCAGGAACGCCUGAAGCAGGAGCAGCGCCAGCGGGAGCAGCGCGAGCGCGAGGCACGCGAACAGGCGGAACGAGAACAGGCAAAGCGUGAGGCAGAGGCCAGAGAGCGACUUGCACAGGAGGAGCGUACGCGCUUGGAAGCGCAACGUCAACAGGCGGCCAUCGAGCAAGCGCAGCGCGAGCUGGCGGCGAGACAAUUAUCGCUGCGCGAGCAGGCUGUGCGCGAGGAGGAGGCGCGUCUGCAGGCGGUGCGUGAGCAGGCGGCCCGAGAGCAAUUCGCACGGGAGCAGGCUGCUCGCGAAGAGGAGCAACGCAUACAGACGCUGCGAGACAUAGCCAAGCGGGAGGAGGAGCUGCGCCUGCAGGCGCUGCGCGAGGAGGAGGCGCGACUGCAUACCAAACGGGAAGACGAGGCGAGACUGAAGCGUGAGGAAGAAAUCAGACUGAGGCGUGAAGAGGAAAUCAGGCUGCAGCGCGAAGAGGAGUCCAGACAAAAGCGCGAGAACGAGGCGCGCAUACAGCGUGAGGAAAUAACGCGCCUACAAACCCUGCGCGAUCAGGUGGAUCAGCAGCGUAUUGUCACAGAGAACAUACGCAAGGACAUUCAGGUGAAUCAGAUCUUCACGGAGCUUCGCUACGCCUCGCCGCUAUUUGUGCGCCCGCUCAAGGAUACGCUGACCCGCGAGGGCGAACGUUUUGUGUUCGAAUGCGAGGUCACCGGCACACCGGAGCCGAGUGUCGAAUGGUUCAAGGAUGGCAUCAGCAUACAGACCAACGCGGACUAUAAGACCAGCUUUGACAAGGGCAUUUGCCGUCUGGUCAUUGAGGAGACCUUUGCCGCAGACACGGCGCGCUUCAGCUGCCGUGCCUCCAAUCUGGUGGGCACUUGCGACACAAAUGCCACGUUGACGGUGCGCGAGAACGCCGCCGAGCUGCAGUUGGUGCCACCACGCAUCUUGCGCUUCCUGGAGACCGGCAAGGCCACCGAGGGCACCUCCUUCCAGUUCUCGUGCGUGGUCAGCGGUGUGCCCCUGCCCACCGUGCAAUGGUUCAAAAAUGACAAAUGCAUCGACGACUCGCCGGACUAUGUCAUCAGCUAUAACAAUGGCGAGGCCCAGUUGCGCUUCGACGAGGUUUUCCUUGAGGAUGAUGCGGUCUAUACCUGCAGUGCCUCCAAUCCCGCUGGCAUAGAGCACUGCUCGGCUAGUCUGAUUGUGGAACCACUAGAACCCACUGAGCUGCCCUGCUUCAAGAUGCCUCUGCAGAACGCGAUGGCGCGUGUCGGACAGAAGAUCAAGCUGGAGGCCAUGGUCAGCGGUAUACCACAGCCCGAAAUCUGUUGGCUACACAAUGGCAAGCCGUUUCAGCCACGCGACUCAAAAUACGAAAACGGUCGCGUUACGCUCACAAUCCCCCAAGCUUAUCCCAACGACGCCGGAUCCUACGUAUUAAGUGCCAAGAACUUAGCUGGCGAGGCUUACAGCAGUUGUAACAUCAUUGUCAAGGGUCGUCUGCCAAACGAGACGUCCGAUUCUGAGAUGGCCAGCGAUAUUGAGCCCAUCAGGCCGGCGGUGCAUAUGCCGCUGAAAGAUGUGUCCAUAUUUGAGGGCAAGCCCGUGCGCUUGGACUGCGUGAUUGUGGGCCAGCCGGAGCCAGAGGUCAUUUGGUAUCACAAUGAGCGACCCGUUAAGGAGUCGGCGGAUGUGCAGCUACUGUUUCAGGGUGAUCGAUGCUCCCUGUUCAUCCAGGAAGUGUACCAAGAGGACGCGGGCAAUUACAAAGUGGUUGCCAUCAAUUCGGCGGGUGAAACGUCAAGCAGCUGUGAUCUGAAGGUGACACCGCUGAACAUGUCGGAGCCAGCAACCAGAGCACAUGUCGAACGUCAAUCGCUGCCAAAGGAAACGAAGCCCAAAUUCGAGCGUCUGCUCUCCGAUGUGCUCGCCGAUGAGGGCGAGCGGGUCGUGCUGGAGGUGCAGACCAGCGGCGAUCAGCCGUUAAAAGCACAGUGGUAUCUCACCAACAAGGAGCUGCAGCUGGAUGAUCGUGUCGCCACCCAAUCCGAUACCGAGGCGGGCAUAUUCAAGCUCAUUCUUAAUAAUGUGGCUGCCAGCGACAAAGGCGUCUACACGGUCAAGGUCUCGAACAACGCGGGCGAUGCCAAGUGCUUUUCGCAUCUAAUUGUCAAGUCCGUGAAUGCCCCUGAGAAUCGUCGCAGCAGUCAAUCAUCUGUGGAAAUUGUCGAACGACAUCUGUGCCCCGAGUUCAAGGAGCUCUUCAGUGACAAGCAGGCGCAUAUCGACGAUGUGGUCAAGUUCGAGUGCAUUGUGCUGGGCAAGCCCACGCCCAAGGUGCAUUGGUAUUUCAAUGACCAGCCGGUGCAUGGACACAACUUUCUGGUCUCCACCAGCGGUGAUCGUCAGGUGUUGACCAUACAGCAGUUAACCCACGAUGCCGUCGGCAAGAUCAGCUGCAUGGCCGAGAAUGAGGCGGGUAAAGCUACCUGUGUGGCCUUCCUGAACAUUAUUGGCAGCAGUCCAUUGCCCGCCUCCAGCGAUGUGCAGACCAUGACCCAGGAGCAUAAUACUGAAUCUUCGCGCGUGACCAUCAAGAAGCAAACCUUUACCACCACUUCCACAUCCCAGGUAAACUCCUAUGAGGGAAAUGUGCCACAAACUGAGGUGCAUCAUUCCUCGGCGCACAUCGAUCAGUCUCUCAAGCAGCUGGGACAACAGCGACCGGAAAUUGUCGAGAGCCAUCAAUACCAGGAGCUGCACAAGAGCAAGGAGAUGAACAGUCCCAGCGUUCAGCAGAAAUCCUUUACGCUGGUGCAGUCCUCCUCUAAUGGAGCUGCACCGCUUCCAGCACUGACAAUACCCGAAUCGCCAACGCGACUGCGCAAGGAGAUAGCGCCGCGUUUCACCACGCCCCUAACGGGCAAGAUUGUGGAUCAGGGCGUCAAUGUCAGCAUGGAGGCCAUCUAUGAUGGUUAUCCCUCGCCUGAGAUCAAGGUGGAGAAAAAUGGCGACCAGCUGUUUGAAAAUGCACACACAAAAAUAUCCAACAAAUUCAAUCGUGUGACUAUUGAAUUAAAGGAAGUGGGCGUGGCCGAUGCGGGACGCUACGCUGUGACCGCAUCCAAUGCGGUGGGACAGUCCACUAGCACAGCGGAUCUGGUGGUAAAAAAGACCAUCUUUCCGCCAGUCUUUGGCAGACGUUUGCAGGCGCAGGUCAGCAAAAAGGGUGAGCGAUUAAUAAUGGAAGUGGAAGUAACUGGACUGCCGGAUCCAACAGUCACUUGGCUGAAGGAUGAUAAGCCACUCAAGGAUGCUGGCAUCUCAGAGCAUCGCCUGCUUGCUCAGGGCAACUCAUACAAGCUGAUCAUCGAGAAAGCCCAAACGACGGACUCGGGCAAGUAUAUGGUGAGGGCAACGAAUGCUGGCGGCGAGGCCAAGAGCAUUGCGGACUGUGCCAUAUUGGAGCCAUCGCCGGAGCGAAUGCAGGAAGUGGUGAAGACGAUCAUAUAUGAGGCGCCCGCCAGUGAAUUCAAAACUGAAAACCACUUCAAGACAGAGCCCCAGUCAUAUCAGACCAAUCAAACCGAUGCAACCACUGCCAACGAUCUGCAUGGCCUGUCCGAGUCGAAAGUAAUCACUGAGCAUCGUUGCACCACCGAGGCAACAAUGCGUCUAGAGCACAAAUCGACAAAUCUAGACCUGCCCGAGCUGAAUAUGCGACCAAAGACACCAACCACCACCACCACCACCACCAACACCACCAACAACAACAACACUGCCAGCAUGGAUCAGACCGAUACACAGGCCAGUUACAAAACUGGAGUUACACAAACCCCGCCGCCAGUGCCACCCAAGCCCUGUACGCCCGUUGUGGCCACGACUUUUGGCCAGCAGCCACAGCCACAACCACAACAACCAGCGCAGAUGCAGACGCAAAUCAACACCAGAUAUGAGAGCAGCACCAGCGAACAUAAAUCGUCCUCAUCCUUUGAGUACUUCAAGAAAAUUGAUGAGGAAACCCGACCCAAGCCCAUGGGACUUCGCCCUUUGGAGACGGUGGUGCGUCAGCCGCAGGCUCAGACUUUGGCAGAGGAGCUGAGAAGCAUGAAUCUCAUACCAGGAGCACCGCCAGAGUUCUGUUACACGCCUAAAACAGAGAAGCAACUGCCCAAGCAGCCGCUCAUCCAUGAAAAGAUCAAGAUACUGGAAGAAGUGCAGCCAAGAGAGCCACCACCACAGGGUGGUGUGCCCGUCUUUCCGCCGCCCCUGAACCUGCAGAGCGUGCAGCAUGAAACAACACUAACCAAAGAGAUCAAGGUGGAGUACGGACAGCCGAUUGUGCGGCCGGCGGCGGUCUUGGCGACUCCUGCACAGCAAAAUACGCGCUCACCAUCGCCGAAGCCAUCGGCGGAAGGCGUGGCCAUGUCGAAACUGUGGACGCCCAGCGGCACUGCUGGCUACACGAGCGAUGUAGAGCAGAAGACAGAGCAGCAGAUCAGCAUCGCCAAGUUGCCUACACCCACACCCACCAAGGAGCUGAAUGCUCCCUUCCUGGUGCAGCAGGUGGCCAAAACUAUUACGCAGCCGGUACCAUUGACGCCCGCACCGGCUGCAGUUACCCGAUUGGUGAACAUAGAACUUGAGCCGGGCACACCGCCAGAGAUUUGCUAUGCUCCCAAGCAGCAUGAGGAAGUGCGUCGCCAUUCGCUGGUGGAGAGCAUGGAGCAGAAAUUGGAGCAGAAUCUCCUACAGGGUCCCAGCAAGGUGCUGCCGCAUUCGGUGCCCACCUUAACGCCUGUCACGGCGCCCAAAUCCAACGGCUCCGUCUACCGCCCACCGCCACCGGUCAUGCCCAAUCGCCUCGGCGCACACUACGAAAGCGACUACGAGAGCGAUCGCUACAAGUACAGCGGCAGCGAGUCCGAUGAGCCGGGCAAUCGUGCGCGCCAGCAGCAGGCCACCAUGGAGUCAUCGUUCAAGUCGAGUGGCUACGCAGCGGACACAGAGGAGCACUCCAGCUAUCGCAAGUCGGAGAGUAGCUUCUACGAAACCAAGUCCUCAUCAACGACGAACCCUGCACCAACGCAAGCCAAGCUGCAGCCCGAGCCACCGGCCCAGCUCUACUUUACGCCAAAGCCUCAGGCUCCCCAGCAAACGAGCUACAGUCAGGAGGCGAAGAAUUACAAAUACACCUCGUCGAGCAUGACGAGCAACAUGCAGCAGAGCAGCAGCAGCUCCACCCAUCACGAGACUAAGUACUCAUCGAAUGCCACGCCCCUGGUGACGUCCAGCCCAGUGCCGGCACAGCGUAAGACACCCGCGGCGGAGUUCAGCGACUACAGCAGCGAGGUGGACGAGCGCUUCCGUUCGGUAUCGCGAGCCAAUGAAUCGGACUCGGAUAUCAAGGGCUAUCGCGUGGUAUUCCCACCCACGCCCACACCGCGCACCAACAUUGCCAACGGUCACAAAUCGCCGGUGGUGGUGGUGACGCCUUCGCCCAUGGAGUUUGAGCCGACGCCACCGCAGCUGGGCAGCUAUACGCGCCCCAAAUUCGAGCCCAUUGGCAAGGAGAUACGCCACGAGAUUAAAACCGAGACUAGCUCAAAGCAGUAUCAGACAAGUCAGCAGCAGCAGCAGCAACAACAACAUGUCUUCAAGCCGAAGCCUGUGGCGGCCAAGUUUAUAGCCGCCACACAGCAACAGCAGCAGCCGUUGCCCAGCGCACGCCCGACCAUGUACUACAAUGCGGUGGCAGGUGCGCCCAUGCACAUGGCCAAGGUGGCCCACGAGACGAAGAAUGUGAUGCAGAUGCACGAGUCCACGGAGAGCUCCCAGCGGGUUGUCAAUAUGCAGCAGACCAAGCGCGUCAUUCACUUUGACAGCCAACAUCAGCAGCAGCAGCCGCCGCAACCAGCUCUGGAGCCGUUCCCUUAUAGCCCGGCGGGCAGUCGAACGCCCUCGCGUCAAUCGCAUUUGCCGCCGCCGGCCACGCCCACCAAGUUUAUACCAGGCGAGUUUCGGGAGAGCGACUACGAGAGCGAAGUGGAAGGCGCACGCAUUCAGCCGCUUUGGUCACCCUACGGCGAUGGCCUGACGAAGGGCUAUCGCCGUGUGGCCCCGCCGCAGACUGCGGGUCGCUCCUGCAGCCUGCCGCGCACCUAUGAACGCGUGCUCUCGCCCAUGGAGUUCGACCGUGGCCCGGAAAUGCCCAGCAAGAUACAUGUGGAUGUGAAUACGCUGCGUAAGGAGCAACGCGGCGGAAGCACCGUGACCACACAGCAUCGCACCCAGUCCCUCAAUCGCAACAGCACGAUGAGGCAGCAGCAGUACGGCAGCCGGCAGCAGGAUGGCUCCAUGGACCAGACGGAUCAGCAGCAGCAGCUGCGAGCGGGCACCUUGCCGCGCUACGGCUACAGCACCCUGCAUGAGCAGGCCGAGGGUCAGGGCAAGCGUAUGGGCUCCACGUUCCUACAGAAGUCACAUCAGUUCAUCGAAGAUGUCAGCAGGGACCUGCAGAGCCAGCAGAGCAGCUCGAACGGUCACGUUCUGCGUCCUGGCUUUAGACGCGCGCCCAGCGAGGGUAGCAACCAGCCACAGGCCUACAGGGAUGAGUCGCGGGUCUCGCAAUACGGCACCAAAUGCGUCGAUCCGAAUACCGGGUUAAUAUAUUUCAAAUACGACUUUGGCUAUGAGUUCGGCAUACUCUUUCCCGGCGAGGGCCACAAGUUUGUGAGCAGCCAGUGGAACAGCAAAGACACCCACAACUCCAUCAAUAACAAUGGCCGCCACUCGCCGUAUCCUCUGAAACUUGCCGCUGGCAAUGAACUGGUCAUACCCGUGCAGCACGAGCGCACCCAGGCCAAGCCCAGUGCCAGUGCCACACCCCAUGGUUACAGCUCCGACAGCGAGACUCAACGUCGCGGUUAUGGGCGCACCAGGUCGCCAAUGGCGCCACGUUUCGCCCAUAAGCGCUACAGUCUGCCCAGCUGCCACAGCCUCGACAUUCAUCUCGAUCGCCUGCACGCGCAGGCGCCGCGUCUGCCGCCCGAGCAGCUGGUGCGCACAGUGCCGGAAUUGCCCAAUACGGAGCCCGUCAAUGCCCAUUUGAAUCGCGAUGAACAGGCACAAAGGCCGCCAUUAUUCAUAACGCCCCUGAAAGAUAUUGCGGUGGGAGUGGGCGGCACUGCUCGGUUCGAGUGCAUUGUGCAGUCGCAUCCGCAGCCGCAGGUAAACUGGACGCACAACGGGGGCCAUUUGGAGCAAAGCAGCCGGCAUGUCAUUGAAUACCGGAACGGCGUGUGCCGUCUAACACUGCCCCAGGCCUAUCCGGAUGACAACGGCAGCUACGUUUGCAGCGCCAGGAAUCCGUUGGGCGCGGCCAGCACCAGCGGAAGUUUGAACGUUUCGAGCACAAAUCGUGGAUUUAGAUAUUAAGCUACAUAUUUAAAGAACUUAUAUAUAUAUACAUAUUUAUUUAUGAUUUGUUCAUGCCAAAGUUUUACAUUUUAUUGUGUGUGCGUGUCUCUAAUUUUGUUAUUUGGUUUUGAUUUGGACCUGCGACCGUAUGGAUCAAAACUGGCAGUCCCACUGCGUACACAGCUGUGGGCCUAUAGUAUUACUUGUGUUUUUGUCGACAUUUCAAAUAAAUCAAUUCGAAUCAAA